UCCCUCCCUCCCCUCGCGUUCAAUUCAGUCAAAUCAUAGCGACCUGGCAGCCGGAGGGUAGUUGCAUGCGUCUUUCAAAUAAGAGAACAUAUUAGCGCCGUCCGUGUCCGUGUUGUAAAGUCUGGAAGAGACAGGAAACAUCUUCGGGGAGAGUCCUAACUCCUAACCGAAAAAAGCUUAACGUUAUCGGCUAACGAAACUGCAGCGGAGCCCGAAAAAAAACCCAAAAAACACACACAGAGAAAUGGACGAAAAGGCGUUUACGAAAGAAAUUGAUCAGUGGAUCGAGCAGCUCAACGAGUGCAAGCAGCUCUCGGAGGGACAAGUGAAGACGCUAUGUGAAAAGGCAAAGGAGAUCCUGACCAAGGAGUCAAACGUCCAGGAAGUGAGAUGUCCGGUGACAGUGUGUGGCGACGUGCACGGCCAGUUCCAUGACCUCAUGGAGCUGUUUAAGAUUGGAGGGAAAUCUCCAGACACAAACUAUUUGUUCAUGGGAGACUACGUAGACAGAGGGUACUACUCCGUAGAAACUGUCACUUUACUAGUAGCACUUAAGGUACGCUACCGGGAGCGCAUCACAAUCCUCAGAGGGAACCAUGAGAGCAGACAGAUAACACAAGUGUAUGGGUUCUAUGACGAGUGCCUAAGGAAAUAUGGUAACGCCAACGUGUGGAAGUACUUCACAGACCUGUUCGAUUACCUCCCCCUCACUGCCUUGGUAGACUCUCAGAUUUUCUGCCUUCACGGAGGCCUGUCCCCGUCCAUAGAUACUUUGGAUCACAUCAGAGCCCUGGACCGUUUACAGGAAGUACCACAUGAGGGUCCCAUGUGUGACCUGCUUUGGUCAGACCCCGACGACCGUGGUGGCUGGGGCAUCUCCCCCCGAGGUGCUGGCUACACGUUCGGCCAGGACAUCUCUGAGACUUUCAACCACGCCAACCGCCUCACAUUGGUGUCCCGUGCCCACCAGCUUGUUAUGGAGGGUUACAACUGGUGCCAUGAAAGGAAUGUGGUGACAAUAUUUAGUGCUCCCAACUACUGCUACCGCUGUGGCAACCAGGCAGCUAUCAUGGAACUAGACGACACCCUCAAAUACUCAUUCUUGCAGUUUGAUCCUGCGCCUCGCAGAGGGGAGCCUCAUGUCACUCGCCGCACCCCAGAUUACUUCCUGUAAACUCUGACCUUUGACCCUUGUACAGUCAGGUCCAGUAUUGCCAUGAUGUAUGACCUUCAACCGAUAACAACAUGAAUGAAGAAAGGGAGGGUGGGAAACAACUACUGGGUGGGGGGAGGGGGCUACACAGCAGUGCACAUUGUAUAUCCACACAAAGACCUAUUUAAGCAUUUAGCAAAAACAAUGUCUGUGUCUAUGAAUGGACCAAAAGGUGUGUGCCAUAAUCAUUACAAUAUUCAUUGCUGAGGUAUUGAAAAUCUCCCCCACUAUGUAAAACAACAGUGAUAAAUUCCUCAUCCUGUACCCGUGAAGUUGGACUGAUGGCACCGAGGUCCAAGAGAAAAAAAGAUUUGCUACUCCGAAUGCGGCUGUUUGAACCCCACACGCCAUGGCUUCUAUUUAGGAGAUCUAAACAUGAUCUGUUUGCACUUUUGUAAAUCUAAAGAAAUGUAACAUAUGUCAAAAGAUGGAAAUUAUUUCACACUACAGAUGUUUUUUUUUUUUGUUUUUUGUUUUUCUUUUAGAUUUUUUUUUGGUUUUUAUUACAAAUAAAGUCCCCAUCAGCCAAGUUUUACACAAGGUUUCUUUGUCCUGUGUAAAUUUUAAGGAAAACACUUCUUAUGCAGUCACCCAGCUUGGUAUAUAUGAUAGACAGAUGAUGGAGUGUUCAUCCACAUCAACUCACUGACUCCCUCUGAAUUACAGAGUCUGUAUUAACCAAACCAUUUGAAUAAUAAAGAUGAAGGUGGCUCCUUGAUGUGA